AUGGAGAAACCCGCAACUGGUAUUUCUCAUCCACCUUCUGAUACGCCCGUUGUCGAAUCCGAGUAUUGCCCCCAGGCUGUUGCGGAUUGGUCCACGUUGGGCGGAGAAGAUGAGGAUUACAAGAGUAGUUUCAAGAAGGAAGGCGCGAAAGAAAACGCAAGAAAGCAUCUCGCAGCAGUGGGGCGGGAGUUUUCGCGUGCCCAGAAGGGAGUAAAGCGUGGGUUACGCAACACUUCACCCAGCGGAAAUUGUUUUCCCUCGCCUCGAACGGCAUGCGAUGAUGAAGGAGGAGUUUCUCCGAGCGUUGGGUCUAAUCCUGUUCCCAGACUCUCUAAAACGGCGGAGAACGUUGCUUCUGGGUCUGUUUGUGGAAGGAUUGGUCGUUAUCGUAAGCCUAUCAAAUGUACUGAUCUGGGUUUCAACGUAAAGGGCGAGUUAGCCGGCGGCCACACAAAGAGAAGGAGAGGAAAGGUACUAUCCGAAAUGAAGAAAAUAAGGGAACAGCAGUCGAGCGGUACUCAGCCAAACGGAUCAGGAAAAAGUGCAAUUUCUAGCACCUCAAACCGCAAGGCCCGAUCAAUUUUAUCUUUGUUGAUAGACAACAAUGUAUUGUUGCCUAGAACAAGAGUACAUUACCGUGGCAGAACUGGCUGUGCUCCAUCGAAAAAGGGGCACAUAACUCGUGAUGGGAUUGUGUGUGCUUGUUGCUGCGAGCUGUUUUCUCUCACUGCUUUUGAAGCUCAUGCUGGGAGUUCAAACCAUAGACCGGCUGCCAAUAUUCUACUCGAAGAUGGGAGGUCUCUGCAAGAUUGUCGAAGGCAGUUAAUUGAUAAUAAUGAUCAAAACAAUAACUUCACAACGAAGUUAAAAGAGAAUGAUGAGAUAUGCUUUGUUUGUCACUAUGUGGGUGAGUUAGUUUUAUGUGGUCAUUGUCCAUCCUCAUUCCACAAGAGUUGCAUUGGCUUGCAGGAUGUUCCAGAUGGUGAUUGGGCUUGCCCAUCAUGUGCUUGUGGAGUUUGCGGCCAUGGCAAGAUUGAAGAAGACAAUGGGCAUUUUAUGGGCAAUAAUUUUGUUACUUGCAAGCAAUGCGAGCACAAAUUCCACAUUGGGUGCCUAAAGAGUAAAGAGAUGGUCAAUAAAGAUCAUUGGUUUUGUGGCAGAAAGUGUGAAAGCAUAUUUUUGGGCCUUGGCAAGCUUUUAGGAAAACCAAUUCCAGUGGGUGUUGAUAAUUUGACUUGGACAUUAUUGAAGUCUGCAGACUCUGAAAGCUGCAAUCCUGAUCAUGCUCCUGAUAUUGACAACAGGCUCAAAGCUGCUAUAAGUGUGAUGCAUGCGAUCUUCGAGCCUGCCAUACAACCUCUUACUAAUAGAGACCUUGUUGAUGAUGUGAUUUUCAGUAGUGGGUCAGAGCUUAAAGAAUCCAACUUCCGAGGGUUCUACACUGCGCUCUUGGAAAGAAACGACGAAGUAAUUUGUGUGGCUACUGUAAGGAUUUAUGGGGAAAAGCUGGCUGAAAUACCUCUUGUUGGCACCAGCUUUCAGCAUCGUAGAUGUGGAAUGUGUCGCAUAUUGAUGGAUGAGCUUGAAAAGCAGCUGAUGGCACUGGGAGUGGAGAGGCUGAUUUUGCAUGCUGCUCCUACUGUGCUGAAGACAUGGACAAGUUCAUUUGGGUUUUCAAAAAUGACAGAUUUUGAGAAAGUACAGUUUCUGGAUUAUACUUUCCUGGAUUUCCAAGAUACCAUCAUGUGCCAGAAGCUCUUAAUGAAGAAACCUGCAGCAGAAAUAGUUGACCAAGGACUUGUAGAUAGUGCUGCGAAGCAUGGAAAACUCAUUUUUCAGGAGGCAAUCAGGGACAGCAAUAGUGAUUAUUCCAAGAGGAGGAAGAAGAUACCAGCAGCAUGUGAGAGCCGACUCCCAAUCCAAGAUACAUCUAAGAGAUAUCUAAUGCCAGCAUUUUAA